AUGCAGCCUAAAAUAACCCCGGAGUCGGACAGCAAAGCGGCGGAUAAAUCGUCUUCUCAUCGGCGCACUGCUGGUUCUGGUUUCUCAAGCUUCCCUGCGGCUUUCCGUCCAGCUGAUGUUACCCGAAGAUGGAGGGUGCUACUGCUGCUCAACGUGCUGGCGGUCGCAGGGUUCAUGACCUUCUGGGCCAAGUGCAACACCCGCAGCGUGCAGGCGGUCGGUCCGGAGGCUCCGGCUGACGGGAGGCGGCCCCGGGCCAACGGGACGGCGCAGGGGCCCAGCGUGAGCCACGAGGUGCUGCUGAAGAGGCUCAGCUCGCUGGAGGAUGUGGUGUACCGCCAGCUAAACGGUCUGUCCAAGUCCCUGGGCCUGAUCGAGGGCUUCGGUGGCCGCGGGAAAGGCGGCCUGCCCGCCACGCUUUCCCCGCUGGAGGAGAACGACGCCAAGUACCUGAAGGAGAAGUACGGCUACAACGCCUACCUGAGCGACAGGAUCUCUCUGGACCGGACCAUCCCGGACCACCGGCCCAACAAAUGUAGAAAAGUCAGCUACCCCCGAGACCUUCCUCAGAUCUCCCUCAUCUUCAUCUUCGUCAACGAGGCGCUGUCGGUCAUCCUGCGCUCCGUCCACUCGGCCGUCAAUCACACGCCGGCUCACCUGCUCAAAGAGAUCAUCCUGGUGGACGACAACAGCGACGACGAGCAGCUGAAGGGACCGCUGGAGGAUUACGUGAACAAGCGCUACCCUGGGCUGGUCAAGAUCGUCAGAAACCAGAAGAGAGAAGGACUGAUCCGGGCCAGAAUCGAGGGCUGGAAGGUGGCGACGGCGGAAGUUACCGGGUUCUUUGAUGCCCAUGUGGAGUUUACUCCGUCAUGGGCCGAGCCGGUGUUGGCCAGAAUAAAAGAGGACCAUAAGAGGAUCAUCCUGCCGUCCAUCGACAACAUCAAGCACGACACCUUCGAGGUGGAGCGCUACGAGAACUCGGGCCACGGCUACAACUGGGAACUGUGGUGCAUGUACAUCAACCCGCCCAAGCAGUGGUGGGACGAGGGGGACAUGUCCGCACCCAUCAGGACUCCUGCCAUGAUCGGCUGCUCCUUCGUGGCCAACCGGGACUACUUUGGGGAACUCGGCCUGCUGGACUCGGGCAUGGACGUCUACGGAGGGGAGAACAUCGAGCUGGGCAUCAGGGUUUGGCUCUGCGGCGGGAGCAUGGAGGUGCUGCCUUGCUCCAGAGUGGCUCACAUCGCUCGAAUGAAGAAACCUUACCACAGCAACAUCGCGUUCCACACCCGGCGCAACGCUCUGCGUGUGGCAGAGGUCUGGAUGGACGAAUACAAAUCCAACGUGUACCUGGCCUGGAACAUCCCCAUGGAGAACCACGGCAUCGACUACGGCGACGUUUCUCAGAGGGUCGCGCUGAGGAAGAAUCUGCAGUGUAAGAGCUUCCAGUGGUACCUGGACAACGUUUACCCGGAAAUGAGGAGGUACAAUAACACGGUGUUCUACGGUGAGAUCCGUAACUCCAAAGUGAGCCACCUGUGUAUGGAUCAGGGUAUGAAGGAAAACCACACAGCCACUCUUCACCCCUGCCAUGGCUGGGGUCCUCAGUUGGGACGCUACACCAAAGAGGGUCAGCUGUUCCUGGGUCCGCUGGGCAGCACCGGAGACGACACGCGCUGCGUGGUGGACGACCAGAUCAGCAGCUUUCCCCAACUCCUGAACUGUGACAAGGUGACCAACGCCAAGCAGAAGACGUGGAGCUUCUCCCAGAACGACUCCAUCGUAAACCGGGCCACGGGUCGCUGUCUGGAGGUGGUGCCGGCCAACGUUUACUUUGGCCACCUGCUGUUCCUGCAGCCCUGCUCGGGUCAGAGGUGGACCAUCAAGAACGCGAUGAAGCAAUAGCCACCGGCGCGGCCCGUUUCCUGGGCUGCGAUUGGCUCAGCCUGGUCACAACGAGCCAACAAGACGCUGAGCAGAAAUGUUUUAUCAAGACUUUGGGUGCCAUGAAGAUUAUCGUGAAUUAUUUUUUAUAAAAUGAACAUUCAGAAUGACAAACUAAGCAUGAGGACUGAUUCUGUCUGAUUUAUUUU